UCACGUGACACGACAGCUGCGCAACGAAGGACUGGAUUGCAACAACUGAUAUGGAGGCGUCAUGUUCACACUAGAGAGAUACUGGACGGAGGAGAAAGAGAGGGUGCUCAUAGCGUUUUUCUCCAAGCACAGCUGUCUGUGGAACCACAAGUCAGAGAGUUACAAGAACCGACAGCUGCGAUGGAGAACCCUGGACCACCUGAGGAUCCUGCUGUCAGCUCACCCCCCACCGGUUCCGUUCAGCGUGGAAGACAUUAAGAACAAGUUCAAGAACCUUCGUACCACGUUCCACCGCCAGUACAAAAUGGUGAAGGCGAGCAAGGGGCUCGGGUCAGAAGACGCCUUCGUGCCACAGUGGAAGUACUAUCAGCAGAUGAUGUUUCUGCAGGGCAGCUCGGACCAAGGCGUCUGGGUCGAUGACCUACCGCCGUCACCACCUGACGUCCCAGAGGCAGCGCCGCAGCCCGUUUCCUCCUGCUUUCCUCCCAGCGUGUCCGCCUCCGCUGCACCCAGUUGUGUCCUGUCCGGCAUGAUGAUUAAAUGUGUCUGGACCGAAGAAAGGGAGCGAGUGGUCAUCGCUUUCUUCUCCGAGCACAGCUGUCUGUGGAACAAGAAAUCUGAAAACCACAACAACCGUCAGCUCAGACUGAGGCUGCUGGAGGCUCUGAGGAACCAGCUGUCCGAUCACGCCGUGUCCUUCUCAGUUGAAGACAUAAAAUGCAAGUUCAAGAACCUGCGGACAGUUUUUAAUCGCGAAUACAAGGCGGUCCAGACCAGCAGGGCCUCUGAUAAACCCUACGUGUCCAAAUGGAAGCACUACCAGCAGCUGCUCUUCCUCUUAGACUCCUGCGAAGAAGGCGGCAGCGCAGAGGAGCUUCAGGCACUAACGCCACAGGAAGACGGGGAUCUAGAGGAUCUGAGCAGCACCGCCUGCAGCUCCACCCAAGCCGAAAGCAUGAGGACCAGUCGAAGGCCUGCUCGCCACAGCUCUGCACAGAGUGAUGACCCGCCCAGCGGAGGCCCUGCAUCCCAGAUCUGCUCCGCUGUGUCUCCAAAUGUCAAAGCACACGACCAGCCAGCUCCUUCUGCAUCCUCACCUUCAUCUACUAAAUCGCCAGACGGCUGCGCAGACGCAGUUCAGGCAGACGUCGGACUGAGUGCGGACUCUCGCUGCCGCUGGAGCGACGCCAAAGUUCAACAGCUCAUAUUGUUUUACUCCAAUCACAGUUGUCUGUGGAGCCAUAAGUCCGAGAGCUACAGGAACCGCCUGCUGAGACAGAGCCUUUUAGAGACACUGAGCAGCCUCCUGUCUGACUGUGAGCCAGUCCCGUUUACAGUGGAAGACAUAAAGACAAAGUUCAGGAAUUUGCGAACCACAUUUCAACGUGAGCACAAAGCCAUCAGCUCAAACAGAACCUGCGGCUCGGAGGACUUUUACCUCCCCAAGUGGAAGCACUACGGUCAGCUGAUGUUCCUCUGCGAGUCCUGCGACGAGGACAAGCAACCCGAAGGCGACCGCUUCCAGGAACCGCAAAAGCCGGGCCUCCUCCUGCGCAGCCAGGCGCCUCCUGAGCCGCUACAACGCUUCACCACCACUCAGUCUGCAGCCACACUCAAAGCCCCACCCUCGCCUACUCCCCCAGACUCCCAGCACUCGUCUCCCUGUUCCUCCCCGUCUCCCUCCACGUCCUCCUCUCGUACCGACAGCAGGAUCUCCACACGCAAGCGGUCCAGCCAUCAAGCGCCGCACACCAACAGCGACAUGCUGGAUUUUAUGAGGACAUUCUGCCAAAGCCAAACGGCGUCACCACAUGCUGGGUUCCUGAAGUAUGUGGAGGAGUGUCUGAACGAGACGCCGCCUGACAAAGUGAAGAAGCUGAAGAAGAUGAUCAUCGAGACGAUUCACAGCGUGUCAGAGGACGCUUCCUGAGGAAGUGGAAGAGUCACAUAUUUGUCACUGUCAACAAAAAGUACAUUUAUCAACGUGUAUGCGCUAUACAUGAAGCCAAGAUAUGUGUGUAGAAGACAUUUAACACAUUACACAAAUAACUAAAUGCUGUGGGUCCUGACUUUGGUUUUAGGUGGAAGAGCUUCAGUCUUUAUUAGCUCAUUGGGCUCAUUAAAGCUAGGGCACAGGGACAUUAUGUUUGAUUAACCUUCAGGUCAGAGAAAAACCAAAGCCACUGGUGUGGAUGAUGAUAGAGAGACUGUCAUCCUUCCAUGUCUGCGUCAUGGGUUAAAUGGAAAUGAAUUGGAAGUGGUGGGCUCAUUAAAUUUGUAAAUCAUU